AUGGCUGCGGUCUCCGCACCGCAUGCCUCCAGCGCCUUGACACCCCCAGCAAGUUCUCAUGAUGGUCAAAAUUCAUGGAGUUAUUCUGUACCUGCAGAAGACGAGAACGCCUCCCGACCGAAAAUGAAUGAUUAUUCUAGACCCUCUCAAUCACAUCCCACGAAUGGAAAUCAACUUCCUCACAAAAGCUCCCGUCCCGACCUUUCCCAGCGACGAACAGAUACAUAUGGCUCCGGAAGAUCGACAGACUCUGGGCAUCUUGCACCGGGCAGGAUAACUGCCUUGUCUCGAAAAGAUAGUAAUAUCAGUGAAACAGGCAGCGCACCAGACAGCUUAUUAGAUCUUUACGGCCCAAACAGGAGCGGAAUUAGCAGCAUGGACUAUGGCGAGAGGAAAGGGCCGGUCGCUGAGACAUAUGAUGUACACGACUCGGAGCGGUCGAGAUGGAUCCACAGAGACAAGCUUGCCCGUAUAGAAAGUGAGGAACUUCAAGCUGCAGGAAUAGUUCUGCCUCGAAACCGAGCAGCCAGCCGAUCAAGACCAAGAGAUGCCAGUCGAGAUCAGCAAGGAAAUGGUAUCAGGAGUGAGCAAGGUGGACAGAGAAGGCAAAUGGUUGAAGCACCCCCAGUGGAGGAGGAAUCAGGAGAAGUUAUCAAUUGGGAUUUACGGACACCAGACGAGGUAGCUGCGGACCAGCAUUUAUACCAGGACAUGAGUGGAGGUAUCAAAGGCGUUUCGAAGAUCCCACUACUCAAGACAAGUCCACUUCCUAUACCGAUGGAACAUCUUGAACGCGAUACGCCAAUGCAAAGGAAAGCGAGUGCCCUCUGGAAUGGCGAAGAAGAGCCGAUAUCAUAUCCCAAACCUCGCGGGCGUAGCCAAAGUAUCAAACCUUUUGACCCUACACCAACUCCGACGUCUUCCAAAAGGAUGGUAUCCGAAGCCUCUCCUGCCUCUCCUACGAAAAAGAUGGCAGCUCCAAGAAAAGGGUCUGUGUCAAAAUCCAGAGCAACUUCAGCACCGCAAAGACCCAAAACAAGAAACGGGUCUGGGAAUGCACAACGACCACCCACUCGAUCCGGCGAAAAUAGCGGCAAGCGUCCAGAAGGCGACCCACCUUGGCUGGCAACAAUGUAUAAACCCGACCCCCGCCUACCACCUGACCAACAGCUCCUUCCCACAGUAGCCAAGCGCUUACAACAAGAACAAUGGGAGAAGGAAGGGAAAUUCGGCAACGCCUACGAUACCUCAUUCCGGCCGCUCAAUGACGAAGAAUUCCGGCAACCCGAAAUAACAACACAGACGAUAGAAAUGGAGGAGCAGAAACCGGAAAGCCUGAAUCCAAACUGGCCCCUUCAAGGCCCCAAGAGCCCAAUGCUGAGCACAGGCAGACCAGGCACAGCAGGCAACUACUCUACAAUCCCCAAAAUCACGGGCACACCACAGGGCAUUGGCCCACUCCCGAGUCCCAGGCCACCAAUCCGAACUCCUGAACCGCCUGAAAACACCAAGAAGGGAGGGUGCGGGUGUUGUGUUGUCAUGUAG